GUGGGGGCAGGCGGGCGUGUGUGGGCCUGCGGGGUGCUGCUCUGUGUGGGCGUGUUUUGCGGGCCCCGAGACGGGUGCGUGGUGCGGGGCGGUAGAGGCUUCAGUGCCGCAGCUGGAGGAGGGUCAGGCGGACACAGGACCGUCCCAGGCUCACCCACCACCGGGAUCAGCCAGGACCCAGAGGGGCCCUCAUGCGGUAAGUGACACCAACUCACCCCCGACACGUGGCAGGGCCCGGGCAGGCAGCCUCUGUCCCAGACCCACCACUUGCCAACUGUGCCCUUCGCCAGAAGCAUGGCGCCCGGCCUCGUGCACGGAAGUAGGUGUGGAGUCCUGGGGCCGACAGGCCGGUGUGGCCUGGGGGGUUGGAGGGCUUCCCCAGCCGCUUCAUCCCUUUUCCAGACAAGAUCCUUCCUGGGCUCCUCCCCCGGCCUCAGGAGGCAGGUCCCAGCAGGAUGAGCCCAGUAGGUCCCGAUGGGUCCUGGGAUGGAGUGGUCCUGUCCUUCAGGGUUCUUGCCUCUGUCCCACAUGCCCUGUGACCUUGCUGGACCCAAAGCACCCUCGUCUCCAUCCUCAGAGGAGGUGAGGGCUGGCACAAAGGAGGCAGGAGUGGGGACAGUCACUCCAGGGAGCCCUAGGCACUGGGUUCCUGGCCUCCUGCUGAGAAGUCUCCAGCCUCCCACCGGCCAUAAUGGGGCUGAGAUGGGGUGGGCAUCUCCCUGGUCCUUCCAUGCCAUUCCUGGACUCUGGUUUGCCAACCUGCCCGCCUCCCUCCUGAGCUGCACCCCGGCCCUCUUGGCCAGCUGGGGCCAGUUCUCACCUCCACCCCGUCUGGCACGAGAGAAAACUGGCCCAGGUUGAUGAGUGGGAGUGUGAGGGUCAGCCAGGCCAGGGGGAAUCAGGACGGAGUGAGCCAGGAGUGGGACUCCCGACAUCAGGCCUGUGGCGUCGCUUUCCCCCCGUGUCCCUACACAUAGCACCUGGGGCCUUAGAGAGGCCCCCCAGCUCCGUGCCUGGGCACUGCCCCUAACACUCCGACCCUUCUCCACGAAGAGACGCAGCCCCUGGGAGCACUACCGGCUGGCAGAGCGAUGCCUCACAACUCCAGCCACGGGGUCGGCGUGGUCCGUGGGGAUAAGACCUGGAAGGAGCAGGACAGGGACAGGGAAGGAGCGUGGAGAGGCGAAGCAGGCGGCCUGGCCUGGAAUGCCUCCUCCCCAUUCCCUCCUGAGUCUCCAGGGGCCGCAGGCAGCAGCAUCCCUGUCUACUGUGCCCUCCUGGCCACCGUGGUCCUCGGUCUGCUUGCCUACGUGGCCUUCAAGUGCUGGCGCUCCCAUCAACAAAGACAGCAGCUGGCCAAAGCUCGGGCUGCAGAGCUGGGCGUCCUCGACAGGGACCCGAGGCACGGGGAGAGCAGUGUCUUCCUGGACUCUCCGAGCUGCCUGGGGCCCCAUCCGGAGCUCGGCCGCCGGCUUUACCUCCAUCUCCCUCAGCAGCAGCAAGAGGAAGUGGAGCGGCUCCUGGGAGUGUCGGGCGACCUCGACAAGGGCUGGCAGGGCCUGGCAGGCCGCCUGGGCUACCAGACGGAGGCUGUGGAGACCAUGGCCCAGGGCCAGGCGCCUGCCUGCGCCCUGCUGAGGGACUGGGCUGUCCAGGGAGGCAGUGGCGCUACCCUCAGGGUGCUGGAGGACGCCCUGGCCGCCAUGGGCCGUGAAGACGUGGUCCGGGUCCUGGGCCUCCCGCCUGAGGGCUGCUCUGUGGUGUGAGCUAGGCCCCCCACAGCCUGGCCUCGUGGGGUGCAGCCCUGUGCUCCCUACCACGCCCUCUCCCAUGCCCUUCCUUUCAUGGGCUUCCUGGCCUGGGUGGGCCCAGCCUGCUCCGUUCUGGAGGGACUCAGAAGGUGCAGCCACCACCCCCCUCCCCUGGCCCCAUGUCCCUCUGAGACAGAGACCAGGAUCUGGGGGAGCGGCCUGCCCUCCUGCUCCCUGUCCCCUUCCCUUCCUUGGCCUGAACUGUUUUUCUACUUUUGUAUCCAUAGUAAAGGCAGCUCGGUUACUG